AUGGUUUUUUUUGAUAACUGGCACCUCAGGAGUGAGUAUAAGAAUAUACAUAAACGCAAGGAGUUAGCCAAAAAACUUUCCAACCAGAUCUUGUGGGCAGCUAUUGCAAACUUUGUCCUUAGUCCAAUUAUUUUUGGACUACAAAUAAUGUACACUUUCUUCAAGUAUACAGAGAUACUCAAGAGAGACCCAAGUCAACUUGGACUUCGGCGGUGGUCUAAUUAUGCUCAUUUGUAUCUUCGUCACUUUAAUGAAUUAGACCAUGAAUUCCAUGCUAGGUUAAGCCGUGGAUACAGUUCAGCAGUAUUAUACAUGAAUAUUUUUACAUCACCAAUGUUUGUUCUUUUUGCCAAAUAUGGUUCUCUUGUGAGUGGCGCAUUCUUUGCCAUUCUUUUCUUAUUGACUGUUCUUGAUUCUGAUGUGUUUGAUGUUGAAUAUGUGUUUGGUCUGAUGACAGCAUUUGGUUUUCUCACUGCCACUCUUCAUAAAUCAAUUCCUCCAGAGCAUGAAGUUUACAACCCUGAAAGUCUAAUGAGAUCAAUUCUAAGAAACAUACAUUACAUGCCUGAUAAUUGGAAUUUAAAUGCUCAUACAAAUUGGGUUAGGGAUGAAUUUGCUCAACUUUUCCAAUAUAGAUUUGUUUAUUUACUGGAAGAACUGAUUAGUCCAAUUGUUACACCAAUAAUUCUCUGCUUUUGGAUACGACCAAAAUCCCUAGAAAUUGUUGAUUUCCUCCGCAACUUUACUGUUGAUGUGGUUGGAGUGGGAGAUGUAUGCUCAUUUGCUCAGAUGGAUGUCAGAAGACAUGGUAAUAUACAGUUCUUCAGUCCACAGAAAAAGACACUUCCUAACCAAUACCAGCAGGCUGAAGAUUCCAAGACAGAACUUUCACUCAUUCAUUUCAGGAUGACAAAUCCAAAAUGGAAAGCUCCUGAAGAUGGAAACUCAUUCCUUACGGAAUUUCGAGAACAAGUUGUCAGAGAUUUUGCAUCUCUCAGCAUGGCUCCCUUGGAUAACCCUCCUCUAUCUUCAUUUAAUUAUUUUAAUGGAACUGGAACAAACAGAGAAAAUGCAUUUGCAUUUUUUGGACAAAGCACAGUUGCUUCUAACCAACCCUACAGCAACUCAACACCUCAACAACCAAGUGUUUCUCCAGGACCUCAUUCUGGUUUUUCCCCCGGUCAUCAAACAGGAUUUUCUUCAGGACCACAGUCAGGAUUCUCCCCUGGGCCACAGUCAGGAUUCUCUCCUGGACCCCAGUCAGGAUUCCCACCUGGAUCUCCUUUUCCCUCACUGCCAAAUCCUGCUCUUCGUGCUCGGAUGAAAGGUGCUGUUGCCAGUUGUGAAGGACCAAUUGGCCUGUGGGCCAGCAAUGUCACUGGGGUAUCAAGUUUCUGUAGCUCAGGUGUGAAUUCUGAUGUCCCUGGCAUUUUGCCAAUUCUCUCAGGUUUAGCUGGGGAGAAGGACUCAAAUUUGGGGGCAAAUGAGAUGAGUGUGAGUGCUCUCUAUUUGCAUGACCUGAAACAUCGGCAAAACAUUCAGGGACUUGAUGGUAGGGAUGAGAACCACCCUUGCCAGACCUGGAGGUCUUCACCGGAUGAAACACAGGCAUUUAUGCCGAGCAUUCAGGAGAAAAAUCAAGGAGAGUCAUCAACAGAAAGUCAAUCUACAGACAAACAACAGGACUAUCAGAGUAUAAACAAAUUGCAUUAA